UUCAACCAAGUUUGUUCUCAUCAACCCGGCCGCCACUUGAACCACCCCCCCCCGCGCCCCUGUGCCCUGCGUAGUGCGAGGUUGCUAGAGAGCACCCCGACUUCUCCUCCGUGGAUCGAGGGGAGGCUCAGGUCGUGCAGGAGACUCUUCUGUGCGAUCGAGUCCCCCCGCGUCUGUGGAGGUGUAAGCUGAAAAAGGCGGUCCCGUAUCAGGGUUUGUUGCGCUUUUGAGCAGAGAGGACAAGGGCAGACGAUAUUUUUCGCGAGGCGCAGCUUUGGGAGCCAGCAGGAUGAAGUGGCCCAAAGGGAAGAAGAAGAAUGGCUCGGGCAAGAAGAAGAAGGCAGGUUCACAGCAGCCGACCCCUACCAAGUCCGCUGCUGCUGACCAACGGUCGCAGGUUUCCACCCCGGGCGGGGGCGCCGGCGGCUCCUUGGGCCUCGGAACGCUCCGCCUGGGGACGCUGCGAGCCGACAGCAGCAGCGCGCCGAUGUGCACCCCUACACCGACCAGUCGCAGGCAAUCCAUCUCGGAUCUCCUGGGGCCGGAUACCGAUGGAGAAGGGGAGGACUUGAGCACGGUCACGGCCUCGCCGGCCCUGAGAAACAUCAUCUCCAACAGGAAGUCCGUGUCCGGGAGCUUUGACACCAAGAGGGGGAAGGGCGAUUCGAUCACCACCUACACAUCAGAGGAGAAGGCGGUUUUUGCGUGCCAUCUCAACGCUCACUUGGUGGGGGAUCCGUUCCUGACCCACCUGAUGCCGCUCGACCCGGGAGGCGCGGACCUGUUCGACAGCUUCAAGGACGGGGUCCUCAUGUGCCGCAUCGUCUGCCUCGCCAUUCCCGGCUCCAUAGCUGACACCAACAUCAACACACCCACGGACGACGAGCCCCUGAGUCUGUACAAGGCCAACGAGAACCUGAACGUGGCCCUCGAAGCGGCGGAAAACCACGGUCUGCAAGUCGUCAACAUCGGAGCCACGGACAUCAUCCAGGGCCGGCCGGCGAGCAUCCUAGGGCUCACGUGGCAGCUCAUCCGGAUCCACCUUCUCGCACAGAUCAACCUCAAGGGUUGUCCGGACUUAAUUCACCUGAUGGAGGAGGGCGAGUCGAAAGAGGCUUUCUUCGAGCUCCCGGUGGAGGAAGUGCUGCUGCGCUGGUUUAACCACCACCUCCGGUGGGGGGGAAGCGAGCGGCGUGUAGCCAAUUUCGGCGAUGAUCUAGCGGACGGCAGAUGCUACGUGACUCUCAUCAAGGAGCUCAACGACAAGUUCAAGGGCGAGGAGGUGGAUCCCACCCUAGAAGAGGACGCGAAGCGGGCGCGGUUCCGCCGCGCGUGCCUGGUCAUCUCCGGGGCAGAGGGGAUCGGCCUGGCUCCCCUGAUACGCGCAAAUCACAUCACUGGCAAGGCUCACCUGUACAACAUCGCGUUCGUGGCCCAGCUGCUCAACAGGCGGCCUCGCAUCCACCGGGAGAGCCUCCACCUGGACGCUUCCGUUGCCAUGCAGGCAUGGUUCCGUAUGGUGAGCGUCAUGAGGCGCACCAACCCAGUGUUGGAGGAGCGACGGCGUUCUGCUCAGACGCUUACACGCGCGUGCCGAAGGUGGAUGACGGCCCGCAAUCGAGUGCGAGCCGCGACUGCUCUACAGGCGUUGUGGAGAGGGGGCGAGGGGAGAGCGAUCGCGGCGAAUCGCAGGUUCCUCGCGGCGAAGCGUCUGGCGGACCAAGCAGAGGCAAAAGCUGCCCGACAGGCUGCCAAGCGCAAGCGGGAAGCUGCGGCUUUUCAGCGAGAGAAGGAAGCGGCUGCGGCGAGAUCGAUGCAGGCGUUGGCGAGAGGAGUGGCUACCAGGCAGGCUGUCUCGGAGGCGCUGGAGUCUCGGGGCCUGCCCCUCCUGUUGGCGGAACAACGGCGCCGGGGCUUACAUGGAUCCAACCUGAAGGGAAGCAACCUGAUGCAGGGGAUCAGCCCUCGCACGUCGGCGGCGUCAUCCAUCCGCGUGUCAGAGGAUUCGCCGGCGGGUGAGGGAGGACAAGACCAUUCGCUUGGUGGAGGGUCGAUAGCUCGCGCGUACGACGGCGCCGAGCCGCACGGAUCACCGAGCUGGUUCGACCGAGUGUUUUCGGGCAUUUCGUUCGGCAUGCCGGACAGCAACAGGGGGAGCAAGACCCCCAAGAGGACAGCCGCAGCGGCGGCCAUGGUCAUCCAGCGUUGGCAGCGGCGAGUGGCUGCGGCGCGAAUGGAGACGGCGAGGGCACGACAGGAGGUGGCCAACAGGCGCUGGGCGGUUGACAAACUUCACUCUGCCUACGCGAACAGGUGGCGCUUCGAGGUGGCCGCUCGGCGAGAGCGGCGCCAGAAGUGGGAAGAAGAGGCACGGAGGAAUAUCGGUGACAAGAACGGGCGUGGACUGCGUGGUCUGUGGGCGGACAUCACGAGUCUUGCUUCCAGCGAUGACUUCUUGUCAUUCAAGGGAUGGCUUGCACGACGCCAAGCCCGGCAGUUACAGAAGGAUAUUGAGGAUGCGGAUGCGGACUGCUGCGAUGUGGCUGGUGAGCACGUCCUAGCCUCGGAGAUCGACGCCUGGAAGCUGCCCAACCAGAUCUUCGGGAGUGCCGGGGUGGGAGAGGCCCAAGAAGAGCGAGCUCGUGCUCUGUGCAGACUCAAGGACGAUGCCGCGUGGUCUUGUCCGGAGAAGGCUCUGUCUCCCGUGAAGGUGUUUGCGAUGGUGUCGGUUCUCCUCACAGUGGCGUUUGAGGGGGUGCUGCCGAACGCCGCAGCUAUCGGAGUCUAGUGAGCUAGCUAUUUUCUCCCGGCAAUGGACCCGUUUCCUUUGUGUGCUUUUAGAGACAAUAGGACUGUGAUAUAAUAAGUUCACCCAAGUUUCAUUUGCGUGUUGAUGGUGCCGUCAGGAUGGUGCCGUCAGGAUGGUGGGACACAGCACAACGUAUGAGUUAAUUACAAGUAUUGCGCCGGGCGGGACGGCCUUUUCCUACCAGAUGAACCUACGGAGUACAAAACCACCAGUGUAGCUGACUGAAUCCGUGGGAAAUGUGAGGAAUGUGUACAGCCGCACAACCUUGCUGGUUUUUGUGACGUGAGGUCUUUGUGGGUACCACUGGCACGAACCAACCAGUUGGCCCACGCUGAAGAAGGUAUUGGCGGGUUGCGUUGAGUUUGUUUGUGGUGAGUGCCACUGCAAUGCUAGACUUGUUGUCGCUUAGCCAGUACGGCCCUUCUGAGGGGAUGUCGUGUCUAUUGACGGGGGCCAGCUAUGAUUGUGAUGGAAUCGAGCUCUUCGUCCUGGGGCAAUAAAGGCGCGGUGCCAGCAUUGGUCUUCUUGAUACGGAAAGGUGUCGUCGAUGCGUCCAUGCUGCAACAGUUGUCAUGCAAUAGCCGGAUGACACGACAUCGUUCGAUUGAGCCACAAUAUACCGUACCGGCGGAGACUGACCGCUGUUGCGUGCCGCUCGAUCUACCGUUGUUUCUGCAUGGAGUUUAAAGCAAGAUAGUGAUACAGGGUGCGGUGUUUUGUGGUGUUUGCGUUUGUAAGGAUUUGAUGGGCAGCCGCAGCGUUCUUUGUUUUGUCGGGCUUGGUGUUGUCGGCUCCGUUCACUCUUUGUUGCCCGCAUGCUAAUUGUGUCACCGUCUCGUAUUUUUUACAUGCUGCGCACCCGCCGUAGAGGCUUGUAGUUUUUUAGUCGGGAAGUGUGUAUGUGCUGGGAAGGCGAAAAUCACGAAGUGUGGAAAAAUGCCAGAAAAAUUGACGAAUGGUGAUGUCGUUGGUAUCCUAUUAGAGGUAGAUUGAGCAACCGCUUCCUUGGUGCAUAUUAAAAUGCAUAUGACACGAACGUACGUUUUGCUUUGCCCGUUUCACAUCUUGAUAUCGCAGCUGCGUUUUAAUUUAAGUUGAGUAAGCCCCCUUGGCAAUGAGGUCACCGCUGGUGUAGGCAAAAGAGAAAGUGAGAGAGAGAGGGAGGGAGGGAGGGACGGAGGGACGGAGGGAGGGAGAGAAGAGUCAGGCGAAGACGCCAUGGAGUUGGGAAGAACGUACAUAUUGUGGGUGUCAGAAUUCGAGGGAUAAAAAAUGGAAGUACGAUUGUUUUGCUUUCUGGAUGUUAGGUUCUCAUUCCUGAUGACACCUGCCCGAUUGUCUGUGUGCUCAUAGUGCAUUGGCCAUGUUCGAGGUGCAAAGCAGGCAGAACAGCAGGCACUACGUAGUAGCACGGACUCUGAAUCCGAUAUGCUCCGGAGUUUAUUUCUUAAACUAGUCGGAGCACCGGCGGGGAGGAGAUGGUAACGUUUGCGAGACUGCAUGGCCCAGGACUGCUGUGCCUUUUUGCCUUCGAUGGGAAAUAUUGGAAAGUGCAGAGUGAAUCACACCGGUUUAUGGGUGUUAUGCAUGCUAGCUAUUUGCAUAGCCGACCACAACGUGUCGGAGGAGUUUCGUGUUGUCCAGAGCAUGAGCUUAGUGUGGUUUAGUCCAGCGUCCCUUGAUGAGGGUUUGAGGUGCUGUGGCACCGAACAUUGGAAGGGAGCACUUCACGUUUUUUGCCGUCCCUUUUUCCCGCGCCAGGCCUGUGGAAGCUCUCCCUCGGAUGGACGGUUACUCCAAUGUUUCUGUCUACGGUCAUGAAGCCUAGUGCAACUUUUGUGGACGACGGGCUGCUGUCUGUGUGGUCUGGUGGCGUGUGUCGUUUGGCCGGUCAAUGGAGUGAACGUGCCUUCGUUGGCAACCCUUCCUGCAUGGAUAUAGAUUUGUAGGAUGACCCGGUUGAGCUAAAAUUGCUCGCAGAGAAAAAGUCUGGUGAUGGCGUUGAUGAGGAGAGAUGUAGCAACAAAGAACAAGUCUAGAUUGCCCGAGCAUUGGCAAAAGUAUUACGUUGUGUGACAUUUGUGGGGUGCACGACACUUACUCAUCCAACAAGUCCGGG